CCCCCUCUCCCUGUCUCUCUCUGCCCUCAGAUGCAGAUGCGAUUUGACGGGAAGAUUGGCUUCCCCGGGGGGUUUGUGGACCUGAGGGACGGCACGCUGGAGGACGGUCUGAACCGGGAGCUCUCCGAGGAGCUGGGCUGCGACCCCAAAGUGCUGUGCGUCACCGAAUCGGACUACGCCAGUUCCCACGCCACCGAGGCCCUGCUCCAGAAGGUGGUCGCCCACUUCUACACCAAGAAGGUGUCGCUGGAGGAGCUGCACAAGGUGGAGCUGUCCGCUGUUCAGGCCAAGGAUCACGGCCGUGAGGUAAGGGAGGGAUUUCCACCGCGCGCAG